CCGGGCGCUGAGGUGCGGCGAGUGGAGCUUUAGGCUGCGGAGGAGAGCGGAGCUGAGCGGCUGGGCGGGCCUGGCCAGGCCAGCGGAGCAGGGGCUUCGGUGGAGCGGCGGCGAACAUGCGUUUUUGACACAUUGGAGCUUCAGAGGACUGUAAAUAUACCAUGAAAAAAGGAUUUUAUUUAACAGAGAGGAGAAAGAGAAGCAGCAUUUCACUCCUACCUGCAGUGCUGGGAAUUGAACUUGAGACCUCCUGCUUUUUAAAUCCAGCACUUUAGCCACUGCUCUACUUUGAGGGCUGCUGCUUUCUUGAUCAUGGAUGGUGAAGAUAUACCAGCUUUUUCAAGUUUAAAGGAGGAAACGGCUUAUUGGAAGGAACUUUCCUUGAAAUACAAACAAAGCUUUCAGGAAGCUCGGGAUGAACUAGUUGAAUUCCAGGAAGGAAGCAGAGAAUUAGAAGCAGAGUUGGAGGCACAGUUAGUACAGGCUGAACAAAGAAAUAGAGACUUGCAAGCUGAUAACCAAAGACUGAAAUAUGAAGUGGAAGCAUUGAAGGAGAAAUUAGAACAUCAGUACACACAGAGCUACAAGCAGGUCUCAGUAUUAGAAGAUGAUUUAAGUCAGACUCGGGCCAUUAAGGAGCAGUUGCACAAGUAUGUGAGAGAGCUGGAGCAGGCCAAUGAUGACUUGGAGCGAGCAAAAAGGGCAACAAUAGUUUCACUGGAAGACUUUGAACAGAGGCUAAAUCAGGCCAUUGAACGAAAUGCAUUUUUAGAAAGUGAACUCGAUGAAAAGGAAUCUUUGUUGGUUUCUGUUCAGAGGUUAAAGGAUGAAGCAAGAGAUUUAAGACAAGAACUAGCAGUGCGGGAGAGACAACAGGAAGUAACAAGGAAGUCAGCUCCGAGUUCUCCAACGCUAGAUUGUGAAAAGAUGGAUUCUGCAGUCCAGGCAUCUCUAUCUUUGCCAGCUACCCCUGUUGGCAAAGGGACAGAAAAUAGUUUUCCUUCACCAAAAGCUAUACCAAAUGGUUUUGGUACCAGUCCUCUAACUCCUUCAGCUAGAAUAUCAGCACUAAACAUCGUGGGAGAUCUCUUACGGAAAGUAGGGGCUUUAGAAUCCAAAUUAGCAGCUUGCAGGAAUUUUGCAAAAGACCAAGCAUCACGGAAAUCCUAUAUUUCAGGGAAUGUCAACUGUGGUGUGAUGAAUAAUAAUGGCACGAAGUUCUCUCGAUCAGGGCAUACAUCAUUCUUCGAUAAAGGGCAAGAAUCACAAUGGGCAGUAAACGGCUUUGACCCAGCUCCUCCUCCUCCCGGUCUGGGCUCUUCACGCCCGUCGUCAGCACCUGGUAUGCUGCCUCUCAGUGUGUGAGUGCCCGGCCUUCAAGCGGGGGCUCCUGCCCUCCUCCAGGAACCCAGGACACCUACACCUCAUCCCUCGGUGCCUGGGCCCAGCCUGGGCCCCUCUGUCUGCCGUCCCAUGACUGGCAGAGGGCAGGCUGCAUGCAGUGGUGGCUGCUGGGCCCUGCCCAGUCCCAGGACUCUGCGCGAUAUCAAUAUUGGCUGUUUUAUCUUCUUGCCGUAGUGCCGUUGGUUUCACAUGAUUGCACUUUUGUGGGUCACAAGAUGAUACGUAUGUGUAUUACUUGGUCACUGGAUGCAGAAGUACCCAUUCAUCACUCCUGCUUCAUAGCCCCCAUCCUGCUUUACUGAUAGGAUUUAGUUGUGUUUAGGACAGACAUUGCAGAUCUUCUAGAAGCCCUCCCUCAAAUCAGGUUGACAUGUGCCCUUUUUCUGAGCUCCCAUCCAAGCGUAUUCAGCGUUCACAAUCAUGUCCCCCCACCCCCAGAGGUUGAGCCUGUUGCUAGCAGGGUCAGGAAGGUCACUGAAUUAAGUAACUUUUUUUUUUUUUUUUGCACCUCUGAUUUUAGUUUAGCAGUUAUCAUUCCAUAGACUCAUCUCCCUGAGCAGUGAAAUGCCUCUCUGAGUCCCAGAUGGCAGGAGGCUGGGCACAUACAAGCUGUGCCCCUGUUCUAUCUCCUCCAUAUGCUUCAGACUCAGGAUGUGAGGCGGUAGCAACCUCCUUGUCAGCUUUCUGGUCCUUCAGUGAAAUGACAUCUUCAGUGCUUUUUUGUUUUGUCUUCGGAGGGCCUGUUCAGUUGUGUUAGGAAGAGUUGAGCGACCUGAUGCCAGGGGCAUGGCCAGUGCCAGCUUCUGGGGGGGCAGACUGACACAAGUGGUUGUCCCAUGCAUCCUUUGAUUACGCUCAUGCUGCAUUUACUGUUUACAUUAUUUUAUUGUACAUAGGUUUGUAAACAUUAUCGCCUGAGAUAUUUGUAUAUAACUUGGGCUUUGUAGCUUUUAUUUAUUCAGAACUCAUAUGGCAUGUUAAUGAUUUAUGAUGGUGUCCGACUGGGCAUUGUAUAGGAUCAUCAUGUGGUUAAAAGACUCUUCCCCUCCCCCCAAAAAAAUCUUUUAAUGUGGAAACAAUAAAUUUCACAGAAAAAAAAAA